AUGAAGAUAAAGCUCAGAAAACCAGUGCUUUUCCUGCUGUUGGUGACAGUUUUUGCCCCAAUUGUCCUCUACCAUGACAUCCUUGGAGCUUAUUUCACUCCCUCCUCUUCCAGGGAUGAGUUUGUGGAGGAUGUUUCUACCUUUACUUUUGCUGGUGAAGUCAGGCCAUUACAUGUGCUUCCUCAGGAAUCAUCUACCUCAUUGAAAGAACCAUUGGGCAUUGUUUAUUCAGAAAAAUCAUCAGAAUCUAGUAGAGAAGACUCGAACGCUAAAUCCCGAGAUAACGCUCGCAUUACUAGACAACUUGCUGGAGAAUCGGGAGCAGAAGAUGGGGUUUCCAGAUCAUCCUCUCGGAGCAGUAGUGGACGUGAAAACCAGUCUUUGGAUGAAAAUCCCAUUAGGAAAGUUACUGAUCAGGCGAAGGAGGCAGCCCGGGAUUCAGGGAAAGAGAAAUCAAAGGCAAAUGAAAUGAAAAUUGCGAGUAAAAAUGGUGCUGGUGAAAAUGGUGUGAGGAAAGAUAUUAAUACCCAACAUCUGAAGGGUAAAUCCGAAAACCCGUUGGGGAAAAUGGAAAUAAAAACUCCCCGGACCUCCAGCAAAGAUAUUUCAAGGGUUCAAGUGAAGACUAUAACUGAAAGACAAAGUGUUCAAACAGGGCCACAAGAUGCUCGUAUUCGUCAGCUCAAGGACCAACUUAUACAGGCAAAGGUUUAUCUUUCCCUUUCGGCCACCCGUAACAAUCCUCACUUUGUGAGGGAGCUUCGGUUGCGUAUUAAAGAAGUUCAUCGAGUGCUUGGUGAUCAUGCCACAAGGGACUUGGACCUGCCGAGAAGUGCCUCUGAGAGAUUAAAAGCAAUGGAGCAAACACUUCUGAAAGGCAAGCAAAUUGAAGAUGACUGUGGGGCCAUGAUCAAGAAACUCCGUGCCAUGCUUCAUUUGGCUGACGAGCAGCUAAGAGUGCACAGGAAGCAGGCUUUGUUUUUGACCCACUUAACGGCCAAGACAAUCCCUAAAGGACUCCAUUGUCUUCCUUUACGUCUUUCAACCGAGUAUUUCAUGUUGAACUCAUCCCAGCAGCAAUUUCCAAACGAAGCAAACUUAGAUGAUCCUGACCUCUACCACUAUGCCUUGUUUUCGGACAACGUUUUAGCUGCAGCAGUUGUUGUGAACUCUACAAUAACCCACGCAAAGGAUCCUUCAAAGCACGUUUUCCAUGUGGUUACGGACAGGCUAAAUUAUGCUGCCAUGAGAAUGUGGUUCUUGUCCAACCCGCCUGGCAACACAACCAUACAGGUCCAGAAUGUGGAGGAGUUCACAUGGCUAAACUCGAGCUACAGUCCUGUCCUAAGGCAGUUGGGUUCGCCAUCCAUGAUAGACUACUACUUCAAGAGCCGUCGAGCAGAGCCCGACUCCAACUUAAAAUUCAGGAAUCCCAAGUACCUCUCGAUCAUGAACCAUCUCCGGUUUUAUCUUCCUGAGAUUUUCCCAAAGCUCGGCAAGGUUUUGUUCUUGGACGAUGAUAUCGUGGUGCAAAGGGACCUCACUAGAUUAUGGUCGCUCAAUCUAAAGGGAAAAGUCAUUGGUGUGGUUGAGACAUGUGGGGAGAGCUUUCACAGGUUUGACCGAUAUCUCAAUUUUUCGAACCCUCUUAUCUCGAGGAAUUUUAGCCCACGAGCUUGUGGUUGGGCUUUUGGGAUGAACAUAUUCGAUUUGAAUGAGUGGAGGCGGCAGAGUAUUACUGAGGUGUACCACAAGUGGCAGAACCUGAAUCACGACAGGCUACUUUGGAAGCUAGGAACUUUGCCACCUGGCCUAAUAACCUUUUGGAAUCGAACUUACGCUCUUGACAAGUCAUGGCAUGUGUUGGGACUUGGUUAUAAUCCGAACGUACCUCAAAAGGAUAUCGAGCGUGCAGCUGUUGUACACUACAACGGCAACUUGAAACCUUGGCUCGAGAUUGGACUACCAAAGUUCAGAAACUACUGGACAAAGUACGUGGAUUAUGAUCACCAAUAUUUGAGGGAAUGCAAUAUAGCGCCAUAG